CUCAGAUUUCUUAGAAGCUUUAUAGUUAUCUAAAGCCAAUUGUGCAAUCAUUUCCAUAAAGUUGUUUAUUCAAUACUUUUGAAUGCUAAAAUUGUGAUAAACAAAAAUUAUCAUUCUUUCAACAUUUUACGAGAUAUCUGCAACAUAAACUGGUGUUAUAAAUUGGCCCACAACUUAAAAAACCACAUUUGUCUACAUAUCUGUCGAUAUUCGCAACAACAUGUCAGAUAACAGUCAAAUUGUAGAGUUUUUUAGAAAUCAAACAAUUUUUAUAACCGGAGGAAACGGCCUUGUUGGCAAACUGAUCCUCGAGAAACUGCUACGAACAUGCUGGGAUCUGAAAAAGAUUUACCUUUUAAUUCGUCCUAAAAAAGGCAAAAGUCCGGAGCAACGUUUCAGCGAGCUUUUCACUAAUCCAUGUUUCGAGAGCAUCAAAGGGAAGAAUUUCAAAAGCAAGGUCAUGUUAAUUAGUGGCGAUUGCAAUCAACCCGGUCUAGGACUAGAUCCCGAAGAUGCCUAUAUUUUGAAAAAAGAAACGACGUGCAUUUUUCACAUUGCUGCCAACGUCAACUUUUUGCAGACGAUAAAAGAAGCCAGUUAUAAUGUCAGUUGCACUAAAGAUAUGAUCAAGUUGGCUAAAGAGAUGGAAAAUUUGAAAGUUUUUGUCUACGUGUCUACAGCCUAUUCGAAUUGCUUCAAUAGUCACAUUCGCGAAGAAAUUUACAAACCACCUAUUAAAGCAGAAGCGUUUCUCGAUUUAGUCAAUUCUUGUAACGAAGACGAUUUGGAAAACACACUUUUGUCUUACCUUAAAAACUUUCCAAACAAUUAUCUGUUCUCGAAGUGUUUAUCAGAAGAUUUGAUUAAAAGUUCAACCACGGGGAUAUCAACAGCAAUCAUUCGACCAGCAAUAAUUACGAAUACCAUUAAAGAACCCAUUCCAGGAUAUACUGACAACUACUACGGUGUCAUUGGUGUUGUGGCUGGAGUUGGAAUGGGGAUCAUUCGAUGUUUUUACUCAAAAAAAGGAAAGCGGCUGGAUUUGGUUCCAGCGGAUGUUGUCAGUAAUUGUAUUUUGGCGGCAACAUGGAAAACAGCAAAUUCUAAAUCUCUCACUGUGUACAACUGUGUCGGCAAAAAAAUGUUACUUGAAAAAUUAAUCAAUUUGAUGGCCCCGCUCUACGAGGAGUUUCCAUCUACGAAGUACUUGUGGUACUGGGGUUUUACACUGACCGAAAGUAAAUUUCUUUACAAUGUAUCUUCCUUGUGGUACUUGUCACUGGCCCACGUCGUCGAUUUCCUUUUCGUCCUGUUUGGAAAAUCAUAUAAGAUAGCUACUAAAUUGAGUAAGAUACAUAAAUCCCUGAAUGUGCUGCCAUAUUUUAGUUCACGCGAGUGGACAUUCGACGAAAACAAUUUUAUGAAUUUGUGGUUAAAAAUGGGUGACACAGAUAGAAGGAUGUUUCCGUUUCAUUCCAAAACAAUACCCUGGCAUCAGUACUUAUUCGAUUGUGCUUUAGGUAUAAGGCUUUACUUAUUACAAGAUCCAAUUAGUACUCUCCCCGAAGGAAAAGCAAAACUUAAAAAACUACGUGGUCUUCAUUACGCAUUUGUUGGAUUUAUUAUAGGUAUUAUGUUCCUUACGUAUUUGUCGUACCUUUGCUAGGAAGAUUAUUUUAAUGUUACAACAAUGAAUUUUCCUUAAGUUAUAUGUUAUUAUGUACC